GCCGAAGCACCGCGGGAAAGACGCCGCGUGCAGCAGGAAACAUCUCCCGCGCGAACAUACCCACUACCUAUGCUGUAGAGCAUCCAUCCACCCACUGUCGCUUCUUAUUUUCAUCGCCCAGAUUCACACUCAGUCUCAGCUUCCCUUGACUGGCGAUAGCUGCGUGCGAUAGGAGCAUCAGCGGCCACCGGAUAAAAAUGCUGCCUCGAGCAGCUCUGCGGGCCUCGAAACCGGCACACAUUCGACAUGGCGCAUUGACAACAUCGCCCUCGGCCUUGCGCAUCCGCACAUACGCAUCGAAACCAUCACGCCCGCCUCCACCGCCGUCGGGGAGUAGACCUGCCAGACCUCCGCCACCAAAAGGCUUCACGCCCGCGACUGGCCAAGCACGACAGACUUCGCCAGGAACUGCGGCUCCCAAGGAUCAGACGUGGAAGCCAAAAGAUGGCAUCAACUUCGGCAAGCCUGCCGCUGCCACACCCAGCGGAGCGGGAGCAGCAUCUGCAGCUGCUGCGGGUGUCGGGCAUUCUGCUUCUUCGCCAGUAGAAGGCGCAAGGACAACCGAUGAAGCUUCCACACAGUCGCCAUUGGGAGGGCAAGACCCAACGCAAAAGAUUCUCCAGAUGUUCCAGGAGGGCAAGGGUAUUGGAGACAUUGCCAAGUUCGUGCAACAACUUCCACCGGAGCAACAGCAAAUACUGAAGGACAUGACACCCACCGCCGCUCCGCUCACUCCUCAACAGGUCCAAAGAGUGCAAGAGCUGCGUGCUGCAGGAAAGAGCUGGGAGGAUAUCGCCCAGGAGGUUCCCAUCGAGCAGGUGCAGGCUGCAGCAGCGCAAGAGCGAGAGCCCGUGGCGCAAAGAGCAGAUAUAGACGAGCCCGUAGCAGGAUCCAUUCGAGAUCAAGCACAGGAGAAGGUGGCUGCCUCAGAGAACACUGUACCCCCACCGGAGACGCCGCCGCAGCAGACCGGCCCGCUACCAGACUUGCGCCACGGUAUUCCGAGCACAUUCGAUCUAGAAUUCGGUCAAGCCAAGGCACGGGCGAGAGAGCAAGAUGCUGCAGAGUCACAGGAGGACAAGCUGGAUUUGACAUCAGAAGGCCCGCGUAGGUCACGAGACGAUGGCGAGGAAGGCGAGAGGCAGUACGAUCGCAAGGCAUAUGAGACUUCGCUUGACCGAAGACGUGCCUUGCUCAUGAACUACCUGUACGCUUCCUUUGUACUUGGAACAGUCCUCACCGGCUUCUACCUCGGACGCCCUUUCAGCUCCCAGGAGGAAAUUCCUCAGGGUCUCGAGGCGGACGAUGCAUCAGGCUGGGCACCGCAAAAGAUCUGGAACCGGAUGCGUGGGAGACUCGGCAGCCAGGUCGGCCAUUACACGGAGCCUGCCUUCCCAAAACUUCUCCCUGAUGUUCCGGAAUCGCAACGGCCUCCCUUCACUCUGGUCAUGUCCUUGGAAGAUCUCAUGAUCCAUACCACAUGGGACACCAAGCACGGAUACCGCACAGCCAAGCGCCCGGGCAUCGAUUACUUCAUCCGCUACCUGUCGCAGUACUACGAGCUUGUCCUGUUCACAUCUGCUCCACGCGCCAUGGCCGACCCCAUCGUGGCCAAGCUGGACCCAUACCACUUCAUUAUGUGGCCGCUGGGUCGUGAGGCUACCAAGUACGAGAAGGGCGAAUAUGUCAAAGACUUGUCGUACCUGAACCGGGACCUGAAGAAGACAAUCAUCGUAGACACCCACGCACCGCACGUCAAGAACCAGCCAGAAAACGCCAUCAUCAUUCCCAAGUGGAGUGGCGAUCCAAAAGAUCCCCACACGAAGGACCUCGUCGCGCUCAUUCCUUUCCUCGAAUAUGUCGCAACUAUGGGUACCGACGAUGUCCGUCAAGUCCUGAAAUCAUUCGAAGGUCAAUCGAUUCCAGAGGAGUUCGCUCGAAGAGAGCAAAUUGCUCGCGAAAAGUUCCAAGCUCAACUCGCUGAGGAACGAAAACGGAAGCCUAAAUUCUCUCUGGGCUCUAUCGCUUCCGGUCUCGGCGUGCAAGGCGGAACUGGAAUGGGAGGCGGCAUGGUCUUGGCUGACGGGCAAAGUGUCGCUGAAGGCCUGCGACAAGGCAAGAUGCUGAGCGACCAAAUCCGCGAGCAAGGUCAGCGACAAUACGAGCAUUUGGAGAAGCAGAUUCGCGAGCACGGAGAGCAGUGGUUGAAGGAGGAGGCCGAAGAGUUGAAGAAAGCGCAAGAGGCACAGAUGAAGGAGAUGAAGUCUGGUGCGCUGGGAUGGUUCGGCGGUAAGAAGGAGUAGGAAGAACGCAGGGAACGCAUGGAUGAAGACUCUUCGCUCUUCAAAAGUAUUGUAGUUGAGUUGUGCUGCAUUUAGCGGGUUUUCUCUCCUAGGGAUGUGGUAGCAUGAUUGGCUGUCUCUCCGGUUUGGUCGAUGGAUGUACAGCCAGCUUUCUUUACCAUGAUGUGUCAGUAUAGGUCAAUGUAACAAGAGAACAAUUUCAGAGCACUCAAAGUACAAAACAGUAACGAUUGUCCACUUUGAAGCGUACGAGAUAGCCUAUAGAUGUGGUCUCGGUCUCGCUUUCCACUGCAAGGGCGGCGAAC